UUCCUGAGCCACUUUGGAGGGUGUAAAGUUUUGAGCUGAUACACAUCUUCCCUUUAUGUGAAUUAAAGCUUGGAACGUUCAUUCACAAUAAGAAGAUGCUGCUGACUUUGUUCCUCUUCCUUAUUGGGAGUCAGACUUCAGUAACUCAGACGCCUGGAUCUGUGGACACAGAGGAAGCUGAUAUUUAUGUGCUCAUUGAUGGCUCAACAAGCAUUUCUCCUGUUGCCUUCGGAGACAUCAAAAAUUUUUUGAAGGACGUGAUUAAGAUGUUUAACAUAGGGCCGAAUAAAGUUCGCUUUGGAGCUGUGCAGUUCUCAGAUGACAAAAGACUGGAGUUUGAACUUGAUGAAUACAGCAAAACAAAUGAUUUAGAAAGGGCCAUUGACAACAUUAGGCAAAUAUAUGGGGAAACCCAUAUUGGAGAAGCAUUGACUUUCAUGCAGCCACUGUUUAAAAGGGCAAGGGAGCAGAGAGCUGGCAGGGUGCCUUGUUACCUCAUUGUCCUAACAGAUGGGGAGUCACAUGACAGUGUGAAGGCGCCUGCUGAGAGACUGAGGAAUGAGAAGGUUAAUAUUUAUGCCAUUGGUGUAAAAGAUGCAAAUGAAGCACAGCUCCAUGAGAUUGCAGGGUCAAAGAGCAGGACUUUCUUUGUGCAAGAGUUUGACUCUUUGAAAAAGAUAAAAAAUGAAAUUGUUCAAGUGAUCCGUUCUGGAGAAGCCUGCAAAGAAAUGACAGCUGACAUCAUGUUUCUAGUGGACAGUUCUGGAAGCAUGGGACCAGAGAACUUUUUGAAAAUGAAAAACUUCAUGAGAGAACUGGUGAACAAAUCUGACAUCAGCGCAGACCGAGUGCAGGUUGGGGUCAUCCAGUUCAGUGGCACACAACACGAAGAGUUCCAGCUUGACCGAUACUCUACAAAAAGUGACAUUUUCAGUGCUAUUGAUAAAAUGUCUCUUAUAGGGGAAAGUACACUAACAGGAAGCGCAUUGACAUUUGUGUCUGAUUAUUUCAAGCCUCCCAAAGGUGCACGUCCGGCUGUCAAAAAGUUUCUUAUCCUGAUUACAGAUGGGGAGGCACAGGAUGAAGUAAAAAGUCCAGCAACAGCCUUACGUGAUCAAGGUGUUAUUAUCUACUCUGUUGGGGUGUUUAAUGCAAAUAAAACUCAGCUGGAAGAGAUUAGUGGGAAGCGUGAGCUGGUUUUUUACGUUGAGAAGUUUGAUAUUCUGAAGCACAUAGAAGAUGAGAUCAUCUUUGGAAUAUGCACACCUCAUGAGGAAUGCAAAAGGCUAGAAAGAUUAGAUGUUGUGUUUGUGAUAGAUGGAUCUGGGAGCAUAAGUCCCUCACAAUACCAGGCCAUGAAAGACUUCAUGAUUGCCUUGGUGAAAAAAUCUGAUGUCGCUCCAGAUAGAGUUCAGUUUGGAGCUGUAAAAUAUUCUGAUGAACCGGAAACAUUUUUCUACCUUAAUACGUACACAACAGAAUCUGACAUUGUUGAGGCUAUCCAGAAUGACGUAACCAAAGGAGGUUCAACGUUCACAGCCAAGGCAAUUGACUAUUCGGAAGCUCUGUUUGCUCAGGAGCAUGGCGGCCGCAAAAACAAGGGAGUUCCACAGAUUCUUAUAGUGAUAACAGACGGUGAGUCCCAUGAUGCAGCACAGCUCGGUGACACAGCCAAGAGAUUAAGAGACAAUGGAAUUAUUAUCUAUGCUGUUGGGAUAAAAGGAGCAAAACCUGAUGAGCUUUUGGACAUGGCUGGAUCAGAAGACAAAUAUUACUAUGUGGAUACAUUUGAAGGACUCUCAAACACAGCUGUAGCAAUAUCAGAAAAAAUGUGGUGAUUCAAAACCAGGUGAGCAUUCCAAUUAAAAUUCAUGGCACUCCUGUAGACACCAUGGUGAUUACAGUGCUGCGAUUGGCCUCUGUCCCACAAUGCCUAUUCUCACCUCUCUGGUUAUCAGUUUGAACUCUACUGCCCUGCCCUCAGGUGACCAACCAUCAGCCCCACCCCCUACAUUCCUUUGCAAAUUUGAAAGUCCCCUUCCUGUUUGCUCUGUGACGUGUGCAGUGGUCUCAGCUCAUCUUUCCAGGUGGACAUGCCUGCUCCACAUACCAGGUGAUCCCCCACUUGGAGCAAUGCCGAGUUGCUGGACCUCAUCGGCAUUUGGGGAGAGGAGGCUGUCCAGUCCCAGCUGCGUUCCAGCCGUAGGAAUUAUGAUGCCUACAGACAGAUUUCAUGAUGCAUGACAGGGGCCAUGACUGGGAUACAUUGCAGAGUAGGGUAAACAUGAAGGAGCUGCGGAACGCCUACCACAAGGCAUGGAAGGCAAACCGCCGCUCCGGUGCUGCUCCCACGAGCUACCAGUUCUACAAAGAGCUGGAUGCAAUAUUCAGUGGCGACCCCACUUCUACUCCAGAGACCCCUGUGGAUACUUUGUUGGCUCGUGUGACAGUCGAGAGUGGACUGAGCCAGGGCACCUGAAAAUUUGGGACACCUUGGGUCUUUGUGUCCAUCCCUCCGUCUCUUCCUAUCCCUGUUCUGACCCUUCUUGCAGGCUCCCACAGCUGGCUGCUCCAGCUUGAUGAGUCUUCCUCCUGAGGGGAUCUAGUAACUUAAAAGUGAAAAAGUCUUCCAGCCUGCCAGACCUAUUAGCAUAACAUUGAAACUGUUAAAGAGCCAUUAAAGUGGUAAUGAAGCCAUUUAACAGGCAUUUGCCAACCCCCAGGUAUAUACUGUCAGUUUCUGAAUUUACUGACAAAAACAGUUUUGUAUUACUGUUAUAUUUACUCAGAAUAUGUUAGUCUAUAGGAGUUGGUGAAGAUUAUAAAAUCACAUCUCUAAAAUAUCCUUGCAUAGAUUUUUAGAUGCACAAUCUGAGUAUUCAUCUUCAGCCUUAAAUGCUUGCAACUUCAGACAUAGGUUUUUUUAAUAAAUCCUUCAAAAGACCACCCUUAUCUAAAAUACAUAUUUUUAUUUUAAUUACUAUAGUACAAAAAACUUGCUUCCAAAGUCUUCCUGUCCUUUCUCCCU